UGAGAAAGGGGCGUGGCUUCUUAAAAAACACGUCAGAAGCAGGUGAUUUUUGGGCAAAAUGCGAAAAAGAGCAAUACUGCGGGGCUGGUCGGCGUGAGAGCGACUGGCCGAAUCUUCCGCCCGUCGGCCAAGAUCUCGAGCUCGGCCGAAAUGUACCUUUUAUACCGAAUUCUGCUGGGUUUGGUGCAUUUUUUGUUCUGGUGCCUCGAGUCGGUGGCGUUCGCGUGUCUCUUCGCCCGCAGAAGGUACGGCUCGUUGUGGGGCCGCGGCGAGCCGGCCGACGACUUUCGGCUCGUCGCCGACUGCGUCAAGCACCUCAAGAACGUGCCGACGCACGUGGCGUUCGUGCUGGUCGACGAGAACGUCGUCUCGGCCCAGGAUUUGGCCAACGUGAUCGUCUGGAGUUUCGCCGCUGGCAUUUCCUUUCUCACCCUUUACGACCACGACGGCAAAAUCAAGACAUGCGAGGCUAAGCUGAUGCAAGAGUUGGCCAGAAGAGCGGACACCAGAAUCCUGAAGAACAUUGUCUGGGACUCGCUUUCCUGCUCCAACGGCCACAACGACAUUUCCAAUGGAAAUGGACACUGCAAUGGUUAUAAAAAUGGCUAUAGCAGUCACAAGUUGCGGAUAAACCUGAUGAGCUACGAGGAUGGUCGUCCGAAGAUCAUCAGAGCAGCAGUCGAACUUGGUUUGAGAGAGAAAAUGGGCAACAUCAACAGGGACGAGCGUCUCACGGUUGGUGAGGCCGACGAGGUCAUCAGGGCAGUCUACCAGUCGCAGUUCGGCUCCAUGCCAGACCCAGAGCUGGUUGUGUGGUGCGGCACAACCACCUGUCCUGCAGGGUUCCUUCCGUGGCACACAAGUCUGACAGAAUUUUUGCGCCUGCAAAGCCAUCAUGGUCUAAACUCAUCCGACUUCCGAACUCUAAUGACGAGUUUCAGCAAGUGUGAGCAGCGCCUCGGAAAAUAGCGACUGUGAUGGAGUGAUUCGAGUUGUGAGACUUUUGAAGACAAGCUGACUGUAAAUUUGUGGUCCCCGUACUUGCGUAGAGUGUAGUCCGUUGUUAUUAGGGAUGAUAAAAAUCAUCUCUACACAAUAUAAUCCUAAUGGGCUGUUUAUUUAUAAAGAAGUGGCCACGCAUGGCAGGUCACACAGGCCUCUGCUUCCAAGGAAUCGAGUUGUGGUGCAAAUGGUGUUUCUUUUUUUUCUCAGUUUGAUCGGUUUUGUCAGUAACGGAGUAAUUGUGUUGAACUUUGGUCCAAUCAUAUCAAUUUCAAACUUUCGAACAAAGCAAUCAAUUAAUUCACACCUUCCGAUGUCCUCUCAUCGUGCAAAGUGCCACAGCAUCAUUGAAUGCAAUGAAGUCAUUGAUUUUCUGUUUUAUCUGGAAUGUUGGCUUGUAAGGUUGAAAUUGGUUCGGAAUCACGGUACUGUGUAAUGCAACAUUCCAAUGUAAUCAUCAUUGAUUUUAAUGAAAAUUUAUCAAGUUUUGUUUUCAAAAAUAAACAAUAUCCAAUGAACAAAAUGUAA